CAUGCCAUGGGGAGCCCACCAGCCAAGAUGAAGUUUUGCCCCAUCCACAUGCUUUCCGUAAGAAUCAUACAAGCUAGGAACAUCAAGUCAAGAGACCUGUGGACAGUUCCACUUUCCUGCCAAAACCUUGUGGGGCAUUGUUAUUCACUGCUUGAUACGAGUCUGAAGUAUUUAGGCAUCUCGGGCUGCAGUAGACAUCUUCAGUCAAGUCCAGACUCCAGCUCUGAAAGACAUCACCUUGGAGAUUUCCUUUCACACCGUUGUCAAGCUUCACAAAUGACUGCAUCAGACUGCUAUGUGCGCUUGUGGCUGCCAUCUGCUUCGAAGGGAAAGCUUCAGACCAAAACUAUCAAGAAUUCUGACAACCCUGUCUGGAAUGAGACUUUCUACUUUAGGAUCCAGAGAGAAGUUGAGAACAUUUUAGAAUUGGCAGUGUGUGAUGAAGAUCCACUCACCAAAGAUGACAUGCAGUUCACAGUUCUUUUUAAUGUUGCUAGAAUCAGACCUGGAGAGACACUGCGUGAAACAUUUGCUUUGAAAUCAGAGAAAGAGAGCUGCAGAAGGAAAUGGGAAAGUUUGGAAGUGGAAUUCUGGAUGGAAAGAAUUCCUGGCCCUCCAGAGCACCUCAUUACCAAUGAUGUCCUAGUGUCCCGUGAGGUUUGCUGCUUGGAAGUGCAAGUGGAUGCUAAUGAAAGUAGGAAAUAUUUGACAGAGGGUAAAAAUCUCGUGCUUACGGUGCCUGCAUCUCAUGAGGGAACACAGAAAACUACAGAGGAGACCGAUACUUUCUACUUUCAUUGUGUGAAGGCUUGGGAGCCAGUUCUAAAAGUCAGACUGCAGAAAGUUUCUGAUAAGGAAGAUGACAACAGCAAUUUAAGUGACACCUUAACAGUACCACUGAAAUUUCUCCCUGUUGGACAUAGAGUGAAAGUAACCCUCCCUGUAAGACAUAAUGUGCCACUGCAGUUGUACCUCCAGUUAAAUGAUUGCACAGAAAAGCUGGAUGUGCGCUUAGGGUAUGAUCUGUGUCGAGAAGAGCAAGAAUUCUUGCAAAAAAGGAAGAGAGUGGUUGCCAGUGCCCUGAAAAGGGUUCUUCAUCUGGAAAGAGAUCUACAUGGACGUGAGGUCCCAGUAAUAGCUGUUAUGGCAACAGGUGGAGGUCUCAGAGCAAUGUCAGCUAUGUUUGGCCACCUCUUAGCUCUUCAGAAGCUAAAUCUGUUGGAUUGUGUUACCUAUGUCACUGGGGCUUCUGGCUCAACAUGGACCCUAGCAGACCUGUAUGAGCAUGCUGACUGGUCACAGAAGAGUCUAGAGGGGCCACUUAAGGCAGUAAAAGAACAAGUGACAAAAUGCAAGCUCAACCUUAUGUCUAUAGAGCAUCUGAAGUAUUAUCACAAGGAAAUAGCUGAAAGGACAAAAGCAGGACAUGUCUCAUCUUUUACAACUCUGUGGUCACUUGUUCAGGAAAUGUUCUUGCAUGAACGGCCAAGAAAGUACAAACUCACAGACCAGCGCAAAGCACUGGAGCAUGGACAAAACCCAUUGCCUUUCUAUUCAGUCCUCAAUGUGAAAGAGGAAAAGUUCAGUACUUUCAAAUUUAGAGAGUGGGCAGAGUUCUCUCCUUAUGAGGUGGCCAUACCGAAAUACGGAGCCUCCAUUCGUUCUGAAUAUUUUGACAGCGAGUUCUUUAUGGGAAGGCGAGUGAAGAAGCUACCAGAAUCUCGGAUCUGCUAUCUGGAAGGUCUUUGGACAAACAUCUUUACUAGGAAUUUGCUGGAUGGCUUGUACUGGUCCUCAAAUUCAAAUGAAUUCUGGGAACGAUGGGCCAAAGAUAUGGUAGAUAUAG